GUUCGGUUCCCUUUCCCUUCCUUUGAGCAUUAGGUCUUGACGGCCGUUUCUUUUCAUCCUACCUUCGUUUCGCUUCAGACUUGAUUGCCUGGUGCAUUCGCUCUUCUUUUGUUUAUCGAACCGGCUCCUAGUGUUUGGAUCUUGGUCUGCUUCAUCCUCUUCUCCCGAUUUUGUUUAGAUUUUGCAAGAUGACACGCUUUGCGUCCAUUUCUGUGGUGGUUCUCUCUGCAGUGGCCGCUUUGACAAGUGUUCACGCUGCACCUAUCCGUGCAAGGCAAACUGUCACACAAACCGCUGAUAACUUCAAGGCACUUGAUUAUGCGCAGUUCCAGAUCUCAGAUGGCGUAGCUGGAAAUGCAGCUGCUGAGGCCAACGCAGUCUUUGUGGACCCAUUCGCGAACACUGACCUCUCAACGAUAUCCGAUACAGUGCGCGACGCAAUAGAGACGAUGCGCGAGGCCGCUGAGAGCGCCGAGACGGAUCAGUUCAACCCUGCAAUUGAUGCGGCCACUGGUGCUGAAAAGGACGCGUUGCAAGUCGGGAAGAUCAAGAACAAAGUUCUCAAGCUUACCGGCGAAGUCCAAGUGCUUAACAUCAAGAUUGCGCAAGCGCAGGCUUCUGGUGAUGAUACGUCGGAUCUUGAGAGCCAGCUGGCAGAAGAGCAGAAGAAGCUUGACACGAACAUUGCAACUGACAAAGCGAGUGCCGGGCAGACGUCCCAGGGAGUUGUUAAUUCUUCCGGUUCCUCUGGGUCUGCUUCGGGCUCUGCAUCUUCUACUGCUUCCGUUUCCGCUUCAGAUGUGGCUGCAGCUUCUAGUACUGCGAGUGCGGAUGACGCUGCUGCAACCGAUGCCACAACAAACAAAGAUGUCGCAUCCGGUAGCCAAGCAGUUACUCAGUCGGCUGACAACUUCAAGGAGCUUGAUUAUGCCCAAUUCCAAAUCAGUGAUGGAGUUGGAGGUAACGCCGAAGCACAAGCAAAUGCCGUCUUCGUCGAUCCCUUUGCUAACACCGACCUGAGCACAGUAUCUUCUGACGUCCUCGACGCGAUCAACAACAUGCGCGAAGCUGCUGAAAACGCCGAGACAGAACAAUUUGACCCAGCGAUUGAUGCUGCAAGCGGUGCUGAUGCUGAUGCGCUCCAAGUUGGAAAGAUCAAGAACAAGGUCUUGAAACUUGCUGGUGAGGUGCAAGCUAUUAAUAUCAAGAUUGCGCAGGCCCAAGCUUCGGGUGAUGAUACAUCCGACUUGGAAAGUCAACUGCAGGAAGAACAGACAAAGCUCAACACCAAUAUUGCAACGGACAAGGACAACGCAGGGAAGACGUCCAAGGGUGUCGUCUAGAUGUUCUUCGUGCGCAAGUCUACAUAUAUUUUCGUUAGUCUUGUGGGAUUUCAUUUUGGGUCAUCGUUCUGUUCUGUCUGUUUUAUAGGACUGGGAAUAAGCUCAAACGCUUGGUCAAUAUAUUGCUCUGCAUUCUUUCGCUCU